UUUUCGUUACUCUACUUAUGUUCACUCCGAUUUUAAUGUCUUCCAUGAUCGAUUCUUUAUAUGCGUGUUUAUAUCUUGUUUAUUUAUUUGUCUAAUAUUAACCUUUGCCCUAAUGUUAUUUAAAAGAUUUAUUAGAUAGUUGUCUGAGCAUAUUUUUAUUGCUUGAAUUAUAUUCUGUUUGAAUAGCUGUGUAAUUUCUUGUGAAAUAUGUGAGCAAUUUCCAAUCACUCUACUAACUCUGCUGAAAACUCCUUUUAGUGACACUGUUCGCUACCUCCUUACUUGGACUGUGUUGAUAUAAAACAUUAUGGGUAUGUCAACUGACAUGGCCCCGAGAUUUUUAUCUGUAAAUCCAUCAGGACAAAUGACCUAUGUUUUGGAUGCCAAUAAUAUUGGCCUUACUCAAGUUCAGUUAGCUGUUCCUGCUUCAGAAAUAGUUUUGAUCCAAGAUGACAAUAAAUCCAUUAAUUUAUGUGACAACUCUGUUCUUGUUGCUGAUGUUCCUUCUGAUAGUGUAAAUUGGUUAGGGAAUAAUGUGAUAGUCUUAGUUUCUCAACCUCAAGAAUAUGUUGUUGUUGAGCAGGAAGUGGUCGUUGAUUCUAAUGUUGCACAAUCUUGGCAAGUAAAUGGGGCCUCGAUUUGUACAACCUCAACCUCACAAUAUGCCAUAAAAGAAAGUCAGGAAGAAGAGGCUGGAGAAUGUUUGGAAGAAGAAGUUUCAACAUCAACUGUUGAAGAUGCCAAAUGCUGGUUUCGAGAUUCCCUUAUUACUACAGCAGCACUUUCAACUCUCACAACGUAUGUCCAAUCAAACGCAGGAUCAAAAGUAGGCUGAUUUAUACCGAAUUAAAUACUUGGUGCAUUGGUUGGAGCCCCAUUUUGCAUUUGUAUUUAACCCUUUCUUUCUCUUCUCUAUUAGCUUGAUAUGUUUUUUCUUUAUUUGUUUGGUUUUUUGAUUAAUCUCCAGUUAAAGUUUGUCUGGUCUCCAGUUUAAUUGGCUCUCGUGAUCAUAAGAUGUUUAACAUUAUUAGUACUUUUCCAUUUUAGAGGAGCGUUAUAAAAAGUUGCCAAAUGUUUAAUUGUGGUAAGGUAUUUAAUAGCUUAUUACUUCUGUAAGUCUAAACAUCACUGGCACCAAUAAAAGUUAAU